AUGGCGAGCAGCUUCGCGCUGCUGCUGCUCCUCCUGGCGGCGGUCGCGUCCACGAUCGCCGAGCUGGACGAGAGGGAGCCGCACAUCGAUCCAGCGUCCACCAUCGCCGAGCUGUUGAAUGCGGCAGUCACGUCCACCACCGCCGAGCUCGAUGAUGUCGAGCCAGCCGACUGCGACGGCUACAGGACUUACAUCGUCAUGCUCGAGCCACUAGAAGGAGGCCAAGAUGCUGAUGUUGAUGCUGCCAGAGCGUGGCACCGCUCCUUCCUGCCAUCGUCGACGACGGCACAAGGCAAGCCGAGGCUGCUCUAUUCCUACCGGACCGUCUUCACCGGCUUCGCCGCGUGGCUGACGGAUGAGGAGCUCAAGGAGAAGGAGGUCUCCGCCAAGCCAGGCUUCGUCCGCUCCUUCGACAACAACAUCUACCGCGGGCAGAUGACGCCGACGCCGACGUCGGUGUCGUUCGUGGACCUGUCGAACCAUAUUGGGGAGUCCCCGGAUAACUGA